UACUGUCUGCAUGACUCAGUUGGCUUACAAACCAGCCACGCCCACCAAACCAAAGCGAAGGGCGACUCACGCGCUGUACGAACGCUCGGGUUUGUCCUCGAGAAGUUACAAAAGACAGAAAAUGCGGAGAAACGUGAAUUCGGGUUUUGUUAUGGACGUUAUUGAGCUGGAGUCGUUUGUGAAAAGCCCUCCUCGUGGAUUCACUGUCGAGAGUCGCGCGGGCUGCAGAGUCGUGAAGUGGGAUCAGGAGAACAGCUGCGUGUUCAUCGAUGAGAUCCAGUCUAGCAAGGGGAAAGUGAUUUUCUGUAAUUCUCCAGGAAGGAAAGUCAUAGUACGUACUUUGGGAGAGUACACAGAUUUGAGACGACGACUAACCUCAAAAACAAUAUACAUCCUGGUGUCUGCAUGCACCAAAACAAAGGUUGAAGAAAAGAGAAACAGAGAUGUUCCAGUUCUUGGGUAUUAUGUGGUGGCGAUCAACGGCAGUCAUCCAAUGAUCAGAUGGGAGAUGGAGAGAGGCUUAGACAUGACUAUUUCAUCUGUUGCUGGAGAAAGUUAUACAGUUGAUGUUGACGUUAGUGCUCCGCUACAGGGAUGGGUCGGUGAGAGUUUUCAAAUCCUUGUUGAUGUAGAAAAGGUAAAACCCAUCUGGAAAGACACACAUUUCACCAUCAAGUACCGUUCUGAUGCGCUUUUUGACUUUCCCUACUGGUUCGGCUGCAGCAAACGACAGUUCAAGGUCUCUUACCAUGGAAGAUGAGAUCAACACCCAAAAUGAUGUAUGAAACAGCAAAUAUCUACUGAAAACUGAAGCCCUGCACAGAUGAUUAAUGCACCUUAAAGAACAAUUUUACUGUAAAUAAAACUUUAUUUUGCUCAUGUCAGCAGUAAUACAAAAAAUCAUAAAGAAAUGGCGAUCACUGGAACUUAAUCUUAAUUAUAAUUCUGUUAAAGCAUAUAGGUCAAUUUUAUAAAUCCUCACAUUGUAAACUAGCAAACUCAAGAUUUUACAAUACUUUUUUUAAAUGGGUCACUCUAUGCAAAAGCGCCCGAAUGUGUUCCAUUCAUUGUUUUAAUAGGUCAUAUCAUGAGGAAUAAAAAUUCUCUUUAUCUUUUAGGAUAACUGAAAUCAAGCCAAACAAAUAGAUACAUUAUCUAACAUCAGGUUACGCUCUAAAGUUUACACAUUUCUUGUGCUGUUUCUGGCUGUGUGUAGCACCUACAGCUCUGCAUAUACUUGCAGAGAAUCAAUAGAAACGUGCAAAGUUAGGGCUGGGCGAUAAAACGAUAAUGAUAAUUAUUGUGACGUAAUUAUUGAAACACUGUGCAACGAUACAGUCAGAAGGCGUUUCAAUCUACAAAUCGCCAUCAUUUACCAUGGAUUUACUGUAGUAGUACUAACUGCACCAUGGUAUUGUGGCAGAAAUGUGGGGUAAUCAGAAGAAAUGUUAUGCUAUUAUUAACGUAGACAUGAAUUAAAUGUAUUAACGGAGUAAGGGAAUAUAAUUACAUUUAUUUUUUGUGAUUAAGCUAAGUGUUUAUUUAAAUUUACAACCAGUGGUUAAUAAAACUAAAACAGUCAGAAUAAUUACAUUUGAACAAAUAAAAAUGAGGUAAUAAAAGAUUUGAAAUUUAGCGUGAUAAUUAUCGUUAUCGAUUGAUAUGAACAUUUUAUCGUGAUAAUUCUAGGCCAUAUCGCCCAGCCCUAUGUGCAGUUAUACCCUGAUAAUUUCAGUCUGACAUUUCAUCACUAUUUAUUUUGUUUCCCUGUCACGUAAUGCAGAUUUUGCAAAGAGGCUGAGGAUUUUGCUGAACUAUAUUUCACACAACAGGAAACCUGGAAUCCGGUGCAUGAGCAGAACUUGGCAUUUUUAAAGGCACAGUAACAAAAAACUGACCCUUUAAAUCUAACGCUCAGAGAGAGGUGUGAAAUGAAACAUUUUUUUGAGAAAUCUUUCCUAACCUUACAUGUUGACCUCAAUGAAAAAACUAAAGCAUGAAAUGACCCAUUUAAAACAUUUCUUCAAAUACCAUAUACUGGUAUAUUUACAGUAAAAACAGUCUUCUUUUGUUGUUUUGUAAAGCUUUGUAAUAUGUACACAUCAUAUUGCAAUUAAAUGCCUCUGUGACCAUCA